AUGCAGCAGUCUCGAGCCCAAAACGAGGACUCCAUGCUCGAGGAAGAGCGGCGACUGAAGUACAAGGGUACUGCGCGCAUCAGUCUCGACGUGCUCUUUUUCCGCCAAGAUCAGCCACGUGAAUACAGCCAGAGACAAGCAGACUUCCUGAUGGAUUGUUUUCAGAAGGAAGGAUGUCAUCGAGUGCCUCUCUGCAAUCACGUCCCUGCGAUCAUCGACCAUGAAAGCCUCGAUGCUGCAUUGCAGCGGUUGGGAGGGACGGCAGACGACUUGCUGACUAAUGAUGAGGACCCUAAUUAUCCCCUGCUAGAAUUUCCGACUGGCUUCCAUCUCGAGUGUCUCCACGGCUGGCACAGGAUCGAAGCUGGACGGGAAUUUCUCCAUCCUGGGGACCAUUGGUGGACAGUUGAUCUGUACCUCUCAGACCUGAAUGUCGACCUAAAAACAUGCCUCGUUGAAGAAUACUCCAACGAGGAGAAGCCCUCCGAUGGCGAGAUUUACUACAAGAUGCGGCGCUACCAUUUCCAGCGGAAUUUUAACUUUGAAAUGCGGUGGAAGGCGCGCCUGCGAGGCAAGCGGAAGGGGUACCUGCUGACGCUCACCCGUAAUGAGACACUAACGGCAGCAUUCGAUGACUUGCUGGACAUCCCAGGUCUCUGGGGCGGGAUGAAGAUCAGUACACUGCAUACAGUGAUGGCUCUGAAGUGUGAUACGGAACUUUUACACUACCUCCGCCGCAUCAAGCAGGUCUGGUCCGAUCUUGUACGUGACAAUAAAGCUGCCAUGGGGAAGAUUGAUCAAGCGACAGUGAAGGCUUUAGAGAUGAAGGCACCACGAGCGUCAACGGCGGACGCGGAGUUCCUCCGCAUUCGAGUGCGUGGGGGGGAGCUAUUCAGCGCUUUCGACGACUGCGAGCGAGAUGAUAUCUGGAGCCGGCUAACGUGCAUUGAUGGCCUAAUUCCAUCGCUCGCAACCUUCUUCAAGGACAUUAGGUACUUGGAGCGUCUUGCGAACUGCGUCAAGCAGCUAACGGGCGACAAUGUCCAGAUCUCUCAUGCCUUUAAGCAACUAUUCUCCCCUGUUGAUCAAGAGGACGGCCGCGUUCGGAUCAUGGAUGGCCAGACUAAGAUUCAGGUCGCCGAGAAUGCUUUUGUGUACGGGCAGGGGACGCGCAGAGACCAAGUCGAUCUCGGGUACCGGCAGAUCAUUGCGUAUGCCAUGCGGCACUUCGCGGAUAUGCCGAGGGAACCAGUGAAGGAGUGCCGCGUGAUGCAACCUGCAGCGAUGGCAGACCGAACCGUCCUCCGCCACUUUGCUGACUUGGCAGACCAGCUGGGGUUUACCAGUACCAGGAUAAAGCAUUUGCAGCAGUAUCCAGCUGCACUCGCCGAGCAAACCCCACCAUCGAAGCAUCCCCCGCUUGUUACGUCGGGAUCCGGAGUAGGGAUAGCCCAUAGAUGCGGCACCCCACACAGGCUGCAAUUCAACGAGGAUCAGAAAUUCUGGUUUAUCAAUCACCUCCAUGACGAGAGCGACCAGCAAGGCAAAGGCAUCACAAACUUCUUCAUCCGAAAACAAGUUUAUCUUGCCUUCUUUGGCUGGCCGACCUGGAGGCCAACUGCAGAGGGUAGUAGCCAUGGCCGCUCUCCAUCUCUCCCUCCUGCUCCAGACUUCAGAGAUUUACCUCAUGGCCCAAGUCCUGAUGGUCAACAGCACACGGUCGGGACCCGAACGGACCGGUCACCUAGUGCGCUAGAACCUGCAGAAGAUGACGGGGGCCUGUUUGUCCCAGAAGCAGGUCCAAGCCAACCUCAGGCGGAAGGAAUGGGUGAUGGUGGUCACCCAGAGCAGCCUACGAACAGCCCGACGCCAGCCGAGCAAGAAAGAUGGAAGCGGAAGCUUCUGGAACAUAAAAAGCAAAGGGAAGCGUGGUUGGAAAAGCAGCGGUUGGAGAGGGAGAGGCUGGAGAGGGAGAGGCUGGAGAGGGAGAGGCUGGAGAGGGAGAGGCUGGAGAAGGAGAGGCUGGAGAGGGAGAGGCUGGAGAGGGAGAGGCUGGAGAGGGAGAGGCUGGAGAGGGAGAGGCUGGAGAGGGAGAGGCUGGAGAGGCUGGAGAGAGAGCGACUGGAGAGAGAGAUAGACAUCAAUCUUAUUAGAUGGGAGGACGGUACUUGGAAAUACCUAACACCACUCGCAGUCGAUCCAGAGAAUCCGUCUAACAUCGAACGGUUGGUCAACGAUUACAUGACUAGAGGAAUCAGGGCUUUCAACACAUAUAUGCGAAUGAUGAGCCCCGAAGAAUGCUUUCAGGUAGUCGUCAAUAAUAGGACACACACAAUCCUCCUUAUUGCAGAAGACGAGCUUGCUAUUGAUAAGAUGCAUGAAUCUGCAGUGAAGCUCCACACGGAUGCAACCAAGAGAGUCAUCGGUUUGAAACGCAAGGCCACCGAAGAUCUGUCUCACACUUACCACGCACGGAAGAUGGUUGUCUGCACCGAUGGGAAUGAGCUACCGUAA